CCUCCAACCCACCACCAUCAACUUCCAUCAUCCUAAGCUUCACCUCUCCAUCCAGAUACCUCCGGAAUCCAUCUUUCCAUCAUCCGUGUCGAUCUCACAGCCCAUCGAUAACGAAACCCCGACAUAAUCAAUACUCCGGAGAUCGCCAGACAGCAGCAAUGCCCGGCUUGACUUCCGCCGCCGGUCUCAUCGGUCUCCUCGACGAACCCGACCAGCAGCUCAGAUGCUUCGCCCUCCAGCAGCUGGACAAUCAUGUUCAUCAGUUCUGGGCGGAGAUUGCAGAUGAGGUUUCAAAGAUUGAGAUCCUCUACGAAGAUGAGUCGUUCAAACAGCGAAAGCUCGCCGCCCUCGUAGCUUCGAAAGUUUACUACCACCUCGGCGAAUACGAAGAGUCCAUGAUGUUUGCCCUUGGUGCGGGUGAGCUGUUCGACAUCUCUUCGCAAGAGGAGUACGUAGAGACGAUAAUCUCAAAAUUCAUCGAAGAAUACAUUUCCGUAACUACGAAGAACGAUGUGCUGCAACAUGGCACGGUGGAUCAGACUACCACUACUUCGGAAGAACCUACACCGGUGGAUCCCAGAUUACAGGACAUUGUUGAGCGACUGUUCCGCAGUUGCUACCAGAAUGAAGAUUACAAACCGGCGAUUGGCAUAGCGAUCGAGGCGCGGCGACUAGACGUGGUGGAGGAGGGAAUCACACUUGCGGGGCAGCGAGAUUUGGACGAGGAUGAGGAGCAGACGGACAUGGCGGUGGAACUGAUGGAAUAUGUGCUGCACAUUGCUAUGGGAGAGGUGCAGGAGGUAGGACUGAGGGAACGGCUUCUGCGCCUCCUCGUCAAGCUCUUCCUCGCCCUUCCUUCACCUGACUACUUUUCCAUCAGCAAGUGCGUCAUACAUCUGAACGACACGGCACUGGCGGCGAAGAUUCUGUCGGAUCUGGUACAAAAGGAAGACUCAAAGUCGUUGCUUGUGGCCUACCAGAUCGCCUUUGAUUUGGACACCUCCGCAACCCAAGAAUUCCUCCAAAAGGUCAUGGCCGACCUACCGGGUGCCGAUUCGGAUGAGCCAGACAGCGCAGCAGCCACUGCCGGCAGUGACACUGUGGCUACGGAUUCAACUGAAGAUUCCAAGAGCACGAAGCACUACCGGGCCAUCCGACAGAUCCUCCGCGGAACCAAGAGCAUAGAGCUUUCCCUCGAGUUCCUGUACAGGAACAACAGGACGGACAUGCAAAUCCUCAACAAAAUCAAAGAUUGCCUUGAGGCGCGCACAUCGAUUUUCCAUACAGCUCUUACUUUCGCUAACGCCUUUAUGCACUCCGGUACGAUGGUGGAUAAGUUUUUCCGGGACAACCUUGACUGGCUUAGUAAAGCUGUCAACUGGUCCAAAUUUACGGCUACCGCUGCAUUGGGUGUGAUUCACAAGGGAAACCUUAGCCAGGGAAUGAAGCUUCUGCAGCCAUACCUGCCGCAAGAGGGUGUCUCUAACGGCUCCCCGUACUCGCAAGGUGGAAGUUUGUAUGGUUUGGGAUUGAUCUACGCCAACCAUGGUACUGAUGUUCUCGAGUUCCUGAGAAAGCAGUUCAAUGCCACCCAAGACGAAAUUGUGCAGCACGGUGGCGCUCUUGGACUCGGUGUCGCUGGUAUGGCCACCGGAAACUCGGCGAUUUACGAAGAGUUGAAGAAUAUCCUAUGGAGCGACUCCGCCGUUGCCGGAGAGGCGAUCGGUCUGGCGAUGGGAUUGAUCAUGUUGGGCACCGGUAAUAUGGGCGCCAUAGAAGACAUGAUGCAGUACACGCGCGAUACGCAACACGAGAAGAUCAUCCGCGGUCUGUCACUCGGCAUGGCUUUGAUCAUGUUCGGACGUCAGGAAGCUGCCGACGAGCUUAUCAACACCUUGCUUGACGGUCAGGACCCCAUUUUGCGCUACGGUGGUAUCAUGACCAUCGCCCUGGCAUACUGCGGAACUGGAAGCAACAAGGCCAUCAGGAAACUGCUUCACGUUGCCGUCAGUGAUGUCAACGAUGAUGUUCGUCGCGUGUCCGUGAUGAGUUUGGGUUUCAUUCUCUUCCGGAAACCGAGCGCGGUUCCCCGGAUGGUCGAGCUGCUGAGUGAGAGUUACAACCCCCAUGUCCGAUACGGUGCCUCAAUGGCCCUUGGUAUCGCUUGCGCCGGUACGGGACUCGACGAAGCCAUUGACCUCCUGGAGCCCAUGAUCAAGGACCCUACCGACUUUGUGCGACAAGGUGCCCUCAUUUCGAUGGCCAUGAUUCUUGUCCAGCAGAACGAACAGAUGAACCCCAAGGUUCCUCACAUUCGGAAAACGUUCGAGACCAUGGUUGCCGACAAGCACGAGGACGCGAUGGCAAAGUUCGGUGCCGCGUUGGCGCUGGGUAUCAUCGAUGCAGGUGGCCGGAAUGUUACCAUUGGUCUGCAGACUCCCACUGGUAGUUUGAACGUUCCUGCAAUCGUUGGAAUGGCUGUAUUCACUCAAUACUGGUAUUGGUUCCCAUUGACCCACUUUUUGACUCUGUCCUUCACCCCUACCGGUCUCAUCGGUCUGGAUGAGGAUUUGAAUAUCCCCGAUUUCAAAUUCUGGUCCAGCACUAGACCCUCUUUGUUCGACUACCCGCCGAAGGUCGAGGAGUCAGCCACCAAGAAAACCGAGGAGCUAACUACUGCGGUCCUCUCAACAACUGCUAAGGCACAGCAACGGGCUAAGCGCGCAGAGAAGGAGAAGGCCGCGAAGGAGGCUGCGGUGGCCAAGGGUGAUGGCGAGGCGAUGGACGUCGAGCCCACCACAUCAACACCAGCCACUCCCGGUCCCUCGGCAGAGGAGAAGAUGGAUGUAGACGAGGAGACCAAGGAGGGCGAGGGUGACAAGAAGGAAGUAGAAGGUGAAAAGAAGGAGGGCGAGGGUGACAAGAAGAAGCGGAUCGAGAAGGAGAAGGUCGGGUACGAGCUCACCAAUCUGUCGCGAGUAUUGCCAGAACAGUUGAGGUACAUCGCCUUCUUGGAAGACGGCCGGUACGAACCCGUCAAAAAGCCUACUGGUGGUGUCCUGUUGCUUCUAGACCGCCGACCAAACGAGGAAGUCCAGUUGAUGGAGGUGAAGAGCCGAAAAUCGGUGACGCAGCCAGCUGGUGCCGUCGCCGGCGCCGCAGCUGCAGGCAGCGCUGUGGAAGAGAUUGGUGGUGCUGAAGCGGCAGUCAACAUCCUCAACGCUGAGGACGACGACGGAGCCGAUGAUGCGCCGUUACCGGAUCCUUUCGAUUACGACACAGACAGCGACGAAUAGACUAGGCUAGAUGAAGCGUUUGUGUAAUUAGUAUAGUUACCUUCCUUUCGCCGUGUUCCAUUCCACAUGACUGUUUCUUUCCUCCUUUCUGCUUUUUUUUCACGUUCUUCUGGGUUUGGGUUUUGAGAGCGAUAUGGGGAAUGUGUCUUAUACAGCGCGUUGAUAUUCGCCCCAAUAAACAGUGCCAUGAUGCGAGAUCAACCCAUGAAUCGGUUUCAACGAUGUAACUAUCUCUCUGAGUAAUCCCUGAUGAAUCAUUCGGUAACAACAGUAUGAGAA